AUGAACCGCCCCCAGGAUCCGCCGGAAUUCGCCGUGAACAGUGCCACGCAACUCCUUAGGCGAACAAGCUCAAUCUUCUACUGGCAUCUACUUACAUUCGUCUUCUUGGCCUUUCUUCUCCUCGGCUUCCGCUACUAUGUCGAGACAGGCAGUAACUUCCUCGCCGCCUCCGUUGACCGCGACCCUUCCUUCCGGCUCCUCCUCUCUCGCCUAAACAUUACCACCGGCGUACAGCCACCCCGCCACCGCCGGCGCCGCCCCCUCAUCACUCGCAUCGGUGUUCCCGACGGCGACUUCUUCGGCCGCGAUGACGGCCCCAAGGCGCCGCCUAAUGCCAGUUUCUUGAUUCUCGGGAACUCUGGCCCCAGGUUAGGGUUUUCAAAUUCUGUUUCCGAUAACGGAAUUAGGUUUCUCGAAAUCGUUCGCUGGCGGUUGUCUUUUCAAUUCGAGGAGAGUACAUUCGGAUCUGUAGAGUUAUCGACGGAGGAGACCGAUAUGACGGAUGAGUUUAAGAAAGUGAAUAGUUCACCCGAACUGGGUGAAGAUAAUGAGACGGAAAGGUCGGUGAUUUGGGAAUUCUUGGUUAAAGGUUUGGAACCCCAGCAGCAUAAUGCAUCGGAUGUUUUCUUUGUUGUAUUUUUGAUAUGUGUUGCAUAUGGACAUGUAGUUCUAUGUUUUGUAAUUACUUAUACUCUCAUUCUUGGGAUUGUUUUUGUUGCUGUUGUGAAUCGUAUAUUAGGGAGGCACUAUCCACAGGCUCGGAUUAUGCGAGAUGGUUUAAGUUUGGGUUUCAGACGGCUUUCUGGGUUUAUUCUUAUUAGAUGGUUUGUGAGGGAUGUAGUCACGCAGAUUCUGAGCAUUUUGUUCUUAGGUGAAAUUGGAGAUCAGUAUUCAUUCUUCAAGAUUUUUGUGCGGUUAAAGUCGAUGCCUUUCCUGAUAAUGUCUCCAUUCAUUUGGGAACUCGAGAAGGAUACUGCAAGUUUCUUGCUUGUGUGGAUUUUCUUGGAGAUAAUUGUGGAAUUCAUUUUUGCUGUGGGUUCUUGGGUUGCAAUUGUAGACCAUAGGAGGGAUUUGCUGGAAACUGUAAGAGAAGGGUGUUAUUUGUUAUUGACGAUGUUUCAGCAGGCCGUUGUCAUUCAAUGUUUUGAGGUUAUGCUAUGUGGACCAUUUACAAGGUGGAUUUUGGUUCAGUAUGUGGGGAAAUACUUUACAACUGCUUUCCAGUCCGUGAUGGAGGUUUAUUUCAUGGUGGCUUGGCUGAUAUUUUACUUUGCUGUGAGAUCCACUGAUGCUACUAAUCUUGGAGGGACAUUUGGGCGGAGAGAGCUAGAGGAGUUUAUCCAGAGAUGA